AUGCUCCGCGACGCUAGCUACAGUGUCAAGCUUGUGGAAUACAGAUCCAAUUACAGAGGUAUCUACUUUGUGUCCUCAACAGUUUGGAGUGAAAAUGAUGCGAAAUGGACUGUGAAGUUAAACACCGGAGAGACUUACAAGGUGAAGUUCUUACUGCUGAACACCGGCUUUGCAGCGAAACAGGUGGAUGUUGUCGGCACUGGAUCAACUGGCAUCCAAUUGGCCCAAGAACUAAGCAAGGUCACGGGCCAUCCUAUUGUGUUCCAACGGACGCUGAAUAUGUCGUUGCCAAUGGGACAAGUGAACUACGAGCCCCCUCCCAAGCAGGCUAUUCCCAAGCCCGAUUAUCCGAAGCUCUUUGAUGAACAGCCAACAAAAGGUAAGAUCAAUGAAUCCAAGGUUGCAGACAUUCUUGCACCUAUAGAACAACCGUCCGCCUUUGGAUGUAAACGCAUCUCGCUAGAGAAUAAAUAUUUUGAGAUGUACAACAGGCCGAACGUCUCUUUGGUCGACAUCAGUGACAAAGGUACACCGAUCCAGGAAAUCACUGAAAACGGAAUCAAAACCAUUGAUAGUGACUUGAGUGAGCAUUGGAAAGAAGGCACGAAGACGUAUCUCGGUAUGGAAGUGGCAGGCUUCCCUAACAUGUUCUUUACAUAUGUUCUGCAAGCCCCAACUGCCUUGUCACAGGAGAGAAGUGGAGAUGAAUGGAAGGAGCUAAUAUGGAAGCUUGCGAACGCCUCCUUACUAGCGAGCUGGUACAUGGGCACCAACAUUCCAGGGAAGACCAGGGAGCCGUUGAUCUACCUUGGUGUAGUGCCGAAUUCUUACAAGAUCAUCCACGAAACGGCAACGAGCGGGUAUAUUGGAUUCGAUUUCUCGUAG